AUGCGUGCCUUCAUUGUUUUGUGUUUGGUGGCCGUUGCCUGUGCCGAUAAAUUGGGCUACAACUAUCAACCAGUUGGUCACUCCUCCUCUGGAUUAUCCUUUACUCCUGGUGCAGCGGCUCCCAGUUAUACCUCCGGAUCAUCCUUUGCACCAAGUGGUGUUGGCUCCAAUGUAGCUCCCGGUUACGAUGGUGGUGUUGGUCUUUUCGAAGGUGCAGGUUCCAGCGGAGCUCCCUCAUUCGCCCCUCAAGCUGAAUUGGAAAAAGAAUUCUACACAUUUUCUGCCAAUGAUGCUGAUUUCAAUGAACCUGCCAGCUCUGAGCAAUAUGCCAAUGCUUUAAAGAAGGGUCUCCGUGUUGUAUUCAUCAAGGGUCCAGAAAACAAUGGUUUGGAAGAUGCUGCCUUGGCUUUGGCCAAACAAGCUGCCCAACAGCAAACCGCCAUCUAUGUUCUUAACAAACAAGCCGAUCUCGGUGAUUUGGCCAACAAACUUAACAACCUCAACACCGGCAACAACAACAAACCCGAAGUUCAUUUCGUCAAAUACCGUACUCCUGAAGAUGCUGCCAAUGCCCAACGUGCUAUCCAAAGCCAAUACGAUUCCUUGGGUGGUCCUUCUCACAACUUCAACGGUGGUGUUGCCCCAGUCAUCAACUUUGCAUCCCAAGCUCCUGUUGCUGCUGCUCCCGCUGCUUCUGCUCCUGGUGCUAGCUAUUUGCCUGCUUCUAUAUUCCGUCACUGA